ACUCGUACGCUCGCCACUGAAUGUCCCCACCAUCGAAAGCGCCGCCACCAGGCAUUCCACCGGGUGCCACGCUCCGGCUGUACGAUACAAGACGUUCCCCGUGCGAGUUAGUCAAGCUCUGACAUCAGUCGCGAGCGGUCGCAAGUUCAGCGGCAGCGAGGAGACGAGUAAAGGAGUGCAUACUCUUUCGCCACAUUAUCCUCGUUAAUUCAUCGUCGGGUUUACGUUCGUACCGCAAUACUUCAUCAAUUAUACCUAUCUCCGUCGUCCGCAACGAUCAGGUGGAUCACGAGGACAACCCAGCGAAUAGUUGGAUUAUCAGUGAAGUGAUCGAUUUCGUUUCACAGUGCUUUCAUCAUCGAUCGUGAUUACCUGACUUGGAAUUUCUCCGAGUUCUGUGAUACGGGUAGUAAAAUAAAUAAUGGUGACCGGAGUGGGUGCCACGAUGCCGACGGGCGGUGUCACCGUCGGCGCUACUCCACCCGCGCAGCACGUGCCGCAAGAGGCUGGUCAGCCUCCUGCGCAAACUACUCCGACGGCUACAACGACUACGAGAAGAUCAGGAGAAAAUCGACGGAGUAAUAAACCCAUCAUGGAGAAAAGACGUCGAGCCCGUAUUAAUAACAGUUUAAACGAGUUAAAAUCUCUCGUUUUGGAAUCUAUGAAAAAAGACCCAGCAAGACACUCGAAGCUCGAGAAAGCUGAUAUUUUGGAACUGACCGUGAAGCAUUUAGAGACCCUGCAACGACAGCAAAUCGCUAUGGCUGCCGCGGCAGAUCCGACUGUCCUCAACAAAUUCCGCGCCGGUUACACGGAGUGCGCCAGCGAAGUUGGCAAGUUUCCCGGUCUGGACGCUUCGGUAAGGAGACGUCUGCUGGCCCAUUUGGCUACAUGCCUGAGUCCAGUCGAUGCCAGCAACGCCAAUGGCCAAACGACGGCCGCAACUCAACAGGCUGUCCAACCGGCGCCGCCGACGACGCAGUUGCAAGUGCACAUUCUGCCUCAACUCGACGCCACACCACGUAUCCAAGUCCAACAAUCGAAUGGCAUUUUCUUCACUAAUACCAACGGUACCGCUCUGCAUCUGUUGCCGACCAGACUACCGAAUGGUGACAUCGCUUUGGUACUUCCGGCGGGAGCAGGAAAGGCGCCAGUCACGUCGUCGCCGUCAUCGUCUCCAGCGCCAAGUUCACCGUUACCAACUUUGAUCCCGAUUCCUCAGAGGACCGCGAGCACCGCAUCGGCCUCGUCGACAAGUUCGUCCAACAGCUCGACAUCCACGUCGGCGGGAAGUCCAGUGGCGUUUGAAGCACCUCCGACGUCGUUCCGCGAGCAAUCCACCGUGUACAGUCCAGCCAACAGCCACAGGGACGUCGCAACGUCCCCGGCGAAUGGCUAUACCAGCGAAUCGGAACUCGAUCCGCGUGUCUAUACCCCAGAACCUCUCCAGAAGCCUCUCGCGUUGGUGAUGAGGAAAAGCGUAGUGCCGCCAAUCGAAGACAAACCAUGGAGACCAUGGUAAAAAAAAAAAUGACAAAGGUACAGACACGACAUGUGCGUGAUGUGAUAAUCUAUCUGAUACGUGUCGAUGGUAAUCCGCGGCCGAUCGACCGCGGCCAAAAACGCGCCGCAAUUCGACGUGCCGAUUUACGCGCCGCGUAAAGAAAUCCGCGGAACGGAAUAAUGUUCCUCAAUUACGUAGGUCGUUGUAGUCGAGCGGUCCCGCCUGUAAGGAGGACAUCACCGUGAAAUUAGAAGAUCGUUAAGAGACGCGAGUUUAUUCUUUCGAGUGCGCAUGCACGGUCGGCCAGUAGCCAACGAGGCAGUGCCUUAUUAAAAAGUGCCUUGUAAAUAUAUCGUUAAAUUUCAGUAUGCCGAAAAGCGUAAACGAUUUCUCUUCAACAUCUCGAAAUAUCGCGUUACUCCUUUUUGUCUUAUCUCGUAUCGCCCUACCCAUCUUCCUUGUCACCGAUCCUCUUUGUACAUAAGUUACACAAAUAAUAUUUUAAGUGCCUUACGCAACAAGAAUCACCGAAGUCUUCCAUUCUGUUUCUUGUACGUAAAACGCUAAGUGAUUUGUAGUAUAUCGUUGUAAGUACGAAAAAUGUUUUUAAUCGAUACGAUUUUAGGCUAAGGAUUACGUUAAGGAAACGAGCGCGAGUAAGAGUGUGUAUGAGAAAUUGUACAUAUGAACGAUAAUCGCGAAAGAGAAUACGUUAUUUAUAUUUAUACGAAUGCAAAAGAGGUUACAUUUAUAAUUCCUCUCUAUUAUGAGAAUAGACAACCAACGCUUAUUAUUGCAAGAGCAUCAAAUAAAUGUUGAUCUCUUUCUCAAUACAA